AUGAAGGACGACGGCGGAGCUAAGUCGGAGACCCCGCUGCUACAAGUUGCAGAAAUCAAUGGAAGAGGAAGGAGUCUAGUGGCGGCACAGCCCCUUCGCGCCGGACAAGUUAUCCUCAGAGAAUCCCCUCUCCUCCUCUACUCAGCGUUUCCUUUCCUCACAUCAUCUCCUUCUCCGUACUGCGACCAUUGUUUCCGACAUUUAUCUCAAUCAUCUCAUCGAUGCCAAUCCUGCUCUCUCGUCUCCUUCUGUACCCCUAACUGCCUCUCCUUCCACACUCCUUGGCUCUGCGAAUCUCUCCGCCGCCUUCACCAAUCAUCCUCCGCCGCGUUCGCCGAUCAAUCCCCCGAACGCCAAGUCCAAGCUCGAUUCCUCCUCUCCGCUUACAAUCUCGCCUCUGCUUCUCCUCCUGAUUUCCAGAUCUUGCUCUCUCUCCAAGGAAAUGGAGACUCUACCUCUGAUUCAGCUUUCCUUCACGCUCUCCUAUCCUCUGUGUGUCCACCUCUUCCGGUCCCGAUCUCGCCGGAGCUCACGGCGGCUCUACUGGAGAAGGAUAAGGUUAACGGAUUCGGUUUGAUGGAGCCGUUCUCUGUUUGUAACGAGAAGAGAUCGCUCACGGCGGCUCUACUGGAGAAGGAUAAGGUUAACGGAUUCGGUUUGAUGGAGCCGUUCUCUGUUUGUAACGAGAAGAGAUCGGUACGAGCGUAUGGGAUUUAUCCGAAGACGUCAUUUUUUAAUCAUGAUUGUCUUCCUAAUGCGUGUAGAUUCGAUUACGUUGACUCUGAUUCUUCUGAUGGGAACAAUACUGAUAUCAUCAUUAGGAUGAUUCAUGAUGUUCCUCUAGGUAGAGAAGUCUGUUUGAGUUACUUCCCUGUCAACAUGAAUUACGCUGGUAGACAGAAGAGGUUGCUUGAGGAUUACGGUUUUAGAUGUGAGUGUGAUCGGUGUAAAGUGGAGUCUGGUUGGUCUGAAGGUGAGGAUGAUGAGAACGAGGAGGCUAUGGAUGAGAUGGAUGGUGGUGAAGAUGAUCAGGAAGAAGAGAUGGAGGAAGAAGAAGAAGAGGAGGGUUGUGGUGAUGAUGAAUCUAGUUUCCCUCAUGCUUACUUCUUUGCGAGAUAUAUGUGUGAGAAGGAGAAUUGUUUUGGCACUCUUGCUCCGUUACCGCCAAAGAGUCAUGAUGUUUCGAGGUUUCUUGAAUGUAAUGUUUGUGGAAGUGUUAAGGAGGAUGAAGUUGGCGGAAACCCAUGA